AAUCAGUGGUAGUUGGUGUUCGUGUUAUGUCAGUUAAUAGUUACUAAUACCGAGCAGAAAAAUGGAGCAACAGUGAUUGAAUGUGCUUGAAUUGUAGAGUGAAGUGUCUCUGCAAAAUGUUUAUCAUCACUUCAAAUUCCACUCCCACUUGGUUGUUUUCUAACUCAGUUCCAUCUUUGUCUCCGUCUUCUCCGUAUUCCUCCAUCAAAAUCGUUAAAAGCUGGACGCUUUUGGACAUAGUUGAAGCCCCGUUCGCUGUUCGAGAACUUGGAAGGAAAAGAAGAAGAAGAAAAUGGGGAGCAAUUGAUGAAAGUGGCGAGAAGCAAUCGGUUACAGUAGCAUCACCAGCUUCCGAAAAUUUUGAUGAUGAUGAUGAUGAUGAUAGCACUGUUGAUUCAGCUUCAGCCGUGGUGAGGAAUUUCUAUGGAGGAAUCAAUGCGCAUGACGUGGAUUCUGUUCAGUAUCUUAUCGCCGACAAUUGUGUGUACGAGGAUCUUGUCUUUCCCCAACCCUUCGUGGGUCGUAAGGAAAUUCUUGAGUUCUUCAAAAAAUUCACCAAUUCUACAAGCAAAGAUCUGCAGUUUGUUAUUGAUGAUUUGUCCACCAAGGACCCCUCAUCCGUUGGGGUGAUAUGGCAUUUAGAAUGGAAGGGAAAACCUUUUCCCUUUAGCAAAGGGUGCAGCUUUUAUCGACUGGAGGUGAUCAAUGGCAGAAGACAAAUAACAUAUGGGCGAGACUGUGUUGAACCUGCAAUCAAACCGGGGGAUGCAACUUUGACAGUGAUAAGGAGUGUGACAUGGCUUCUGCAGCAAUUUCCUCAGUUGGCAAAGUGGUUUUAAUGAAAAUUUCUACACUGUUUUGGAACUGCAAUGUUCCUCCUUUCUCCUUACACAAUUUGUUAUAUAUAUAUAUAUAUAUAUAUAUCAACUUAGAUAAUCAUCCAAUUUGAGAGAA